AUGUGCAUCCAGUGGAUUGCCUCCGCAAACUGCACCGGCGCCGUAGGCGGGAAUACCCCGCGUGACGGAUGCAAGGGCGCCCACGUCGCGGUGGUACGCCGCGAAGUCUGCUCAUCGGCCCGCGGGCAGUGCUUGUGCUUCUUCGGCUCGUGUAAGAACAUCGUCACGCUGUCCGCCGAGGACCAGGAAACCGUCAACGCGCCGUGCGAGGUUUGCGGCGUGGACAUGGACCCGGAGCAGAUGAUGCUGCUGAGGAUUUUUGACGACGCUUUUGCUGCUGAGUGGGCUGUCGCCUUUGGGGAGAGCCACUAUGCGACAUGCACCAAGGGUAUGUGGAGGUCGUUGGUCAGAAGAUGA